UACGACAGGUGCUACAUUCCAUCAUCGCUGUUCACCUUUUGAUUGCGAGAUAUAAUUAAUAUAUAUUUUAUAUACGAAAGGACUCCGAUUUUACAAUAGCGAUCUAUAUUGCACUUGAUGAAUCUAUCAAACUUACUAUAUUUGCAACAGCUUCAUAUAUAUCUUUUACUUCCCUGACUCCUUUAUUUCAGCCUAGCGUGUGAUCUCUUUGUUCUCUCAAUUCCUUUGUUUCCUUGGAGUAUAAGAAGGGUCUCAACGCCUACCUCGUCCGCAAGAAAUCAACAUCACAUCACCAUUUAAAUCAGACACCUUGUCAUUACCGUUGUACAAAUGGCGACAAAAAAGAGACCCAUCCAGCGUCGACGAGCAGACAGUGCCAAAUCCAAAUGUCAACAGCGGAACCGACGGAUGACCACCCUGUUUCGCAAAGCUUUUGAGUAUUGCUUAGAAUGCGAAGCAGAUGUGUCUAUAAUGCUCAGAGUGAGGCAUACCGGCCAGAUUGUCUAUUUCAAUUCGGAUGGUGAUGGUUGGCCUCUUUCCCAAGUGCAGCUGACGUCAUGCUAUCCAGUACCCAGGCAGAUUACCUGGCAGGAGUUGGCAGCUCAAUACAACUUAACUUUGAAAGAGCCUGGAAAAGUUUAAUUGGUAGAGCCUUCGGAGCUGUGAAGCAAGUCGAACCAGUUUUAUCCCAAAUCACUGUUGGUUCUGAGAUACUGGUCUAGGAAAGACCCGCAAACGCAAUAUUGUUUGUCCUUUGCACUAUACGAUGUUCUUGUCAUCAGAUCGUUGUGUAGCUCCCAGAUACCAAGAUAUUAAUCAUUAUGCCCACUAUCUGAUUGAGAUUUUACCAUGGAUCCUUCACAGUACAUAGCAUCAGCUGAGCAUAUUCUACAGUACCAACUUCAACCUCAUAUAUAACUUCUCUAUGCGGUUGUCGAUACGUCUCCAUCUAUGAUUACAAUACAGAACGGUUUCUCUCCCCAAGAGCAUGCCGAUUGUCAGUCAACUGAUACCAGUCUUGACUCUUGUAUCUCUUCCGAGAUAUAUUUUCUUCUUCAUUUAAUAUAUUGAAUUUCGCUACUGUUUUGCUGUGCUUAGAGAGAUUUGUAAUUAUUGUUUUGGUAGUACUGGUAUUCAGAACUAUUUCU